UACUUCGUUGACGUUGUGUCAUCAUGUCUGCUGGAAUGAAAAUACUUCUUUUUUUCGUGCUCUGCUGCUUUACAGUAUGCAGCGGCUCGAGAUUCGGAUCCGCUACUCGGGAUUACCUGCAACGCUCGGAUGAUGUCGCGGUGCUUCGCUCACUCCGCGCAGUGACGGUAGACAACCGCACCAAUUGUGGCCCUGGUGAUACGGACCCCGCUAACCGCGUCAACACCACCGUCAGAGUUAACGCUUUGAUUGAUGAGCUCAAAGCUCGGAAUUUUGCUGCCUACAUCGUCACAACUGGCGACGCUCAUCAGUCAGAGUACCCCCCGUAUCCUGACAUUCUGGAGUGGCUGCAAGAAAACUUGAAACCUGGAGAAAAAGCGGCAGCGGACGCUAAGCUUAUUGCCUACGGAUCAUGGCUGUCCCUGAGCAGCGGCCUUGAAGAGGAAGGCAAGUCUAUCGUACCAUCUGCUGAAAAUUUGGUUGAUCUUGUGUGGGGGAAUGACACUGAGAACCCGCAGCCUCCCUACAGCGACAGUCCAGCCAUCAUCUAUCCCAUCGAAUAUGCUGGCCAGAAUUUAACGGAAAAAUUGUCGGAGGUGCGAAAAGCACUUCAAGAAGUCAACGCCGCGGCGCUGGUCGUGACGGCACUCGAUGAAGUUGCUUGGCUCUACAACAUCAGAGGCAACGACGUGCCUUACAACCCCGUGUUGCGUAGCUACGCGAUUGUGACCGAAACGUGGGCGAAACUUUACGCAAACGGCAUACAAAUGUCAAAUAUCACUGAUCAACUGACCGAUGUUAACAUCAGCGAUUACGAAGAUAUCUGGGCGGACCUCAAAGACCUCUCGGUUGACACUAGCAUCGGAAUGAUAUUCCUGCCCGGCAACGCUCGAGCGCCAGGCUGCUCGUUCGAAGUCUACAACACGGUGAUGGAAACCAAGCGUUAUUUAGCGACGACUCCCACCCUUUUGAAGAAGGCAACGAAAAACCGGAUAGAAAUCACACAGAUGAGAGAAGCUGUGAUCAACGAUGGCGUGGCUCUAACUCGCUUCCUGGCCUACCUAGAAGAUCAGAUUAUCUCUGGGAAGCAAUGGACGGAACUUUCAGCCCAGAACAAGCUCGCCGAGUACAGGAUGGAGGCCGGUGCUCGGGAACUCUCGUUUGCCACCAUCAGCGGGUACGGCGAGCACGGCGCCAUCAUCCACUACGAAUCCACGAACGAAACUGAUGUCGCCAUCGGCAAUUCAUCGUUGUACCUUCUCGACUCUGGCGGACAGUACUUUGGCGCAACAACGGACGUGACCCGCACGAUGCACUACGGAACGCCGACAGCUGACCACAUCGAGAUGUAUACGCGCGUCCUGAUGGGUAACAUCGAUUUCGGGUCGCUCAUCUUCCCGUACGGCACACUCAAGACACGCAUGGAUGUACUCGCUCGCAGAGCCAUUUGGAGCCAAGGACUCGACUAUCGUCACGGCACCAGCCAUGGCAUAGGAGCCUACCUCAACGUGCAUGAGCCUUACUUGGACGAAUUCCAGAUCGGUUACGUCUUGUCCAAUGAGCCCGGAUACUACAAAGAUGGAGAGUAUGGCAUCAGGAUUGAAGAUCAAAUGACCAUUGUGGAUGCAAACAUGAAGUUUGACAAGGAUUUCUACAAAUUAGAAAUGCUUACCAUGGUGCCGUACGAACCCAAGCUCAUCGACGUGAACCUCCUAUCCGAUGAGCAGCUCGAGGUUCUGAACACGCGUUUCGCGAAUAUCAGAGCGACCACGGGAGUUAAGCUGCAGGAAGGCAACUACACAAGCGAGUACAAUUGGCUUCUGCGCAAGACCGAAAAUUUGACGCGUAUCGUUGUAGAACAAAUUGAAACAACGGACGGAGCAAUCAAUACCUACGCCUGCUGGCUGACACUCGUUCUUGCUGGCGUCGUAUUACGUCUGCAUUAACGUAGUUGUGGUGGUUCUGAUUUACCAACACUCGCUACCAUUUAGAGUAAACUGAUCAACGUAAAAUGUAGUUAAAUAGGUAUGUUCAAAUUGUAGUGAUGUUGAUCAUGUUAAUAAUCGGAGAAACAGUAUUUUGAUUGUAUUAUUGUAACACUUGCAUUUUACACAAUGUGUACCACUGCAGGAGGGAACGCACGAAAACAGGCGCCGAACGUAUAAAUCUGUUCGACUCGAAAUUGGAAACUGGUAGAAUACACUUUCAUCAUCGAGGGUUAGAAAUUAAGUUCUUCAAACAAUGUAAUUGCACUUGUAAGAAUAUAUUUACUGAUGAAUGCUUGGUCGUAGUACAGUCAUAACGUGGCGAUGAACAAUUAACUGAUUGCGAUAGUUGAUUCAAUGUAUAGAUAAUAGGUUAUCUAUUACUAGCAUUAUAUUAUACCUUCAUAUUCGGAUGUCACGUAAUUAACAUGCUUACCUUGUCCACACUUAUACGCAAAUAGUUAAUUAAUAAAAAUUAGUUUAUU